AUGGACAAGGUAAUCUUGAAGAACCUCAGGUUCGACCUGGUUGUGGGACUGGAUGCAUGGCGGCGGUGGAACAAGCCUCAACCAGUCUUCAUUUCCCUUGAGGUUCAGCCUAUCUCGAAUUUCGAGGCUGCUGCGGCAAAGGACGACGUGAGCUUGACAAUGGAUUAUGGAAAGCUCUAUAAGAAAAUCUCUGCUGGCUUGGCCUUGGUCCCCCAGUUUGCAACAGUCCAGAUGCUCAUCGCCCAGAUUUCAGAGCUUGUCACCGACUAUCUAGUUCUUGACAUCGACAUCUUGCUACCAAAAGCAAUCUUACAGUCAAGAGCUGGUGUUCUGUAUCGCUCGCAAUUCGACAGGUCUUCAUCGGAUCUCCCGGCUUUUAGUCUAAGUAUGACUAUCAAAGAAAUAGCUUGCGACUGCAUCAUCGGCGUCAAUCCACAUGAGAGGAUUUAUAAACAAUCAUUAUUCUUCGACAUCAGCGUCCCAUUCAUCGGACCAGUGACGUCAAAUGCGGAUAAUUCUGAGGAUUCAGAGAAGCUGCAUAACAUGGCCCAAGAAGUCAUUGCACGUGUUGAAGGCUCUUCAUAUUUGACAGUCGAGGCUCUGGCAACUGCAGUGGCACAGAUCGUGACCAUGAAUUAUGACCAUACUGUCGCCAAGAUCCGUGUUGAGAAACCAAGUGCAAUCGCUACCAUCGAGGCGGCUGCUGUGGAGAUCACUCGGAGCAGAAGUUUUUUUGAUAACAAAGACUUCUGGAAGGUCAAGCUCCCAUGA